AUGGCAACCCGGAGACCACACACCAAGUCCCGACUGGGCUGUCUUCGAUGCAGGGAAAAGCGCACCAAGUGUGACGAAGUACGGCCUACUUGUGGCGCCUGCGCGAGGUACAAUGUACCGUGCAUUCUACGAUCACCAAAGGCCUCACCGGCGCGACAAGCAUCAAUAGCAGCGACACCCGGAACAGGUGGGACCCAACCGAGGUCCAUGCUGAGCAUUUGGGAGUUUGAGCUUCUUCACCACUGGAUUCUGAAUGUGGCAGAGUCCUUUGCAGUCAGCCCAGGCUUCAAUUAUUUCUGGCGUGAUCAAGCUGUCCAGUUAGCCAUGCGGCAUGACUACUUCCUCCAUAUGAUCCUUAUACUGUCUGCCCUGCACCUGGGCCUCACCAACAAUCCUAAAUUUACCGAAGAAUAUCGGGAAUUCAUUCUCUGCGGCUGCUCCGACGCCAUGAGCGGGUUUCAGAAAGAAGCCGCCAAUAUCGAGACCCUAAACCUCGAAACAGUGCAAGUAAUACAGGCCUUUGCUUUCCUCGUCUCCAUUUACGUCCUGGCACUGGCGCAAUUUGAUCGACCGGAAUGGAAUGAGGACACUGUACUAGAUGAAACAAUCCACAUCCUCCUCCUGAUCAAGGGACAUGUGGUGACUCGGAGAGCAGCCGGUCUUUCACGCCGAGACAAGGCAUUGGACAAAUACCGUGAACGGGCCCAAUGGCUGCGGGAAGAAGACACCCUAGCCCAGCCGGAGGGCUACGCAGGGGAUACAGAUCUGGUGAACGCGGUCAAAGGCAUACAGUCACUCGUGGACGCGUCUGGCGAUAAUGAGGCUGUCCGCGCGACCAACACUCACGCAGUGCAGGUAUUCAGCCAGGCCAUGUCGCUCAAUUUGAAUUUAUAUCUGCGACCCUUUGCAUGGCCGAACCUCAUUCAAGAUGGCUUUCUAGAUCUUCUGAGGUCGCGUAACCCCGUAUCCCUGGUUAUCCUAGCUCACUAUGCCGUUCUACUCGGACAGUGCAGCGCUCAGUGGUGGUGUGGGAACUGGGGCUUGCGGAUGGUUGAGGUCAUUGCGUCGUGCUUGCCAGAUGCCUACGCUGCGGCGGUCGUGUAUCCCCUCCAGACGUUGGCAAGAAUUGCAGCUAAUCAUUAG